AUGGACUCAGUGGUGCACCAAAGCAUAUCAGGCAGCAGGACACAAAUGGCCUUAGCAAAAAGUACUUUGGAGUCCCAAGGAAGUAAUUUCCUUCAAACAGUUUUGUCAUCUGUUACUACUCCUUUUGAUGUGACUUUAUUUAACCAAGAAGAAAUGGUCAAGAUUUCAGAAGGGAGAAGUACACCGUUAGUAGAUGUCUCUGUCGCAAGCAGUGAGGCAUUCGUAAGUGACGAUGAAUUUAUUAGCUCAUUUCCAAAGGCACAGUGGACUCCUCCACUGAAGUCCUUUGCAGUUUUAACAGAUCAUCACUCAGUUAAUGCAGUAGAGCCACCAAGAGAAACAUUAGAAACUGUCUUGGUAACACCUUCAUUAUCUGUCCUGUUUUCACCAUAUGAUAUCUCAAAAACAGCACAGCAGAAGACUCCAUUGAGCACUGUCCCUCAACACAGCAACACUCUUCCAGAGUUGAAGACUUUUGUACCAGAUAGUGAAAUGCUAAUGGCAAGCAGAGACUUGCCGUUCUACCCUCCAAAUACAGCUAUUUAUUACACUUCCAUUCCUUCAGAGGCAGGAGUUGCAGUGCGGGAAAACAUAAAUGCAAGUUUAACAGCUCUGCCUUUUGGGGCUGUUUCAGAAGGAUCGCCUCUUCAUCUCAAGCUGCUGGAUAAAAGUAGCCGUGUGAGCCCAGAUGCCACAGCACAGGGUGCAGAGCCGUAUGGUGACAUUGAUGCCUUUGUGAGUAGCCGGGCAGCAGAAACUCUCAGUGUAAGGACCUACUCCACUCCAAGCAUUCCCUGGGCCAUGCCAGCUUCAGCAGCCAGUGCUGAGCCUGCUUUGUUUCCUAUUAGUCUUCCGCUUGCGUCUUUCCCACUUCACUCAGCUGCCAUUCCCACGGACUCUAAUGCGGUUCUUAAUGCCAGCCUGUUUACACGUGAAUUCUCCAGUAGACCACCAAAUUUGCCUGCCAAUUCAGAAAUCCCAAGUCAAUCAGAGCUUGUUAGUGAGCUCGGGAGUCCAGUGCCUUUUAUGCGAUCGUACAGUUCUUGUCUUUACUGUGACUCAGUGUCACUUCUGCCAGAAGCAGGCUUUUCCCCAGAGCAUGAUAUGGGCUCGGGCGAUGAUGUUGAAACUCUGUCUCUCAAAGCCUCUGAAGUACAAGGCAUAACUCCAUUUACAACUAUAAUUACUGACGGGUAUGAAAUAGAGGAGCCUACGCCUGAGAUUUUUGAUACUUCUUUUCCAUCAAGACCCGUUGUUUCCUUUUCUUCAAGAUUUGCAGAAAUGCCUGAUUCAAGUGUGUUUUUACUAAGCACUAUGGACAGGGUCCUUGACAACAGAACACCUAUAACAAUUUCUCCUUCUUCCCAUCAGCUCUCUGGAGGAACAUUAUUGAACAUCUCUGAUGCGCUGCUUUCCCUCCCUGUUCUGGAAACGGUUUUGUUGACCCCAAGCGCUCGUUUAGAUGAGCCACCUGAUGCUACCACCGUUCUGUUUGACUCCACCUUCAUCCCAACUGAGCCAACAGCAUCGUUUGCAGUCAGUCGUACAACUUUGCUGGAGUCGCCAGAAUUAAUGCCAUCAGAAUCUGUGGUUUUGCUUGACAAGACGUCUACAAGGGAAGAACUGUCUUUAAAUAUUUCCGAUUUUCCAUCUAGUCUUUUAUCAACACCGUUUCUUAUUGAACCUAGCUACUUGUCUUUAUCACCUGCCGUGCUAAAUUCUUCCUCUGUCAUGCGAAGUGAUUUAUCAGCACUCUUACCUCAGACCUUGUUGACUGGGACAUCAGUACUUUCUGAGGCGGUUUCCAGCUGGGAGUUAGCUACCACUGUCAGCUCUGUCACUGACGCCGAGGUUUCUCAGUUCUUUCUCAGCCAAACAUCUCACUUUUAUUCAAACGCAUCCUCUGUUCCAGGUACACGGUUUCCUGAAAUAACACCAUCAUCAGGGUUUCACUCCGAGUCGUCGGUGUUUCUGGAAGCAGCCUCAGUAUUGGCAGCGGGCUCUGAAGUUGCGUUUACCUCAGCUGUUACAGGAGCUACCUCUCAGUUGGAGCCUUCACUCUCCGCCUCUCACUCCGUGGUUCCUACCCUGGUGCUGCCCGCUUCUGACACCCAGUCUGUUACCAGCAGCGUCUUGCUCAGUGAAACAAAUCUGAUCUCUUUGUUUACUACCUUUCCAGCAACUCCUGUCUUAAACAUAUCUUUGUCUUUGUUCUCAACUGCUCCAGCUUCUGAUGAGGAUAUUGGUGCUACACUUAACCCCACGCUCCUUUUAACAUCUCGCAGCGAGGGCAGUGCCCACACAGCCCUUCCUCCCGCAGACCCUGACAUCCUGACGUCUCACGCUGACACCAGCAGUCUGAUGCCCUCUCCUACAGCAUCUGUGUCUGUGACCACGUCAUUUGUUGCCACGCAGUUUCCUCCAGCUUCCAGCCCUCCCAAUGGGUAUGAAGCUCCAGCAGGAAGCAGUACAACUGCUGGUCCUGAUGCAUCGGUUGCUGCCACCUCUGUCCCCAUGACCGCUGCCACCAGUGCCACAGGCAGCUAUGGCACGACUGCUGCAGGCAGCCUGGGGACGUUCUCCUCCACCCCUCUGGCCACAAGUACUCCAUCUGAACCUGUGGUCAUAACCUCUGCUGUGACCACCACUAGGCAACCCUACGUCUGCGACAUCACGGUUCCCGAUGCUUACCUGGUCACUGCGG